AUGUACUCGGACCAGAUCUCCACCGGGCGCAAGCGGUCCAUCCACGACCGCCUUGACGGCGACCUCCCCGCCGGCACGGGCGCCGGCGGCGGUGUCCGUCACACGGUGUCCAAGAGGCAACGGCAGAUAGAUGAAAAAUGGAAGCAUGAUCUGUAUCGGGAAGAUGACGAACCAGCUUCAAAAUCAAUAGAUCCGAAGGAUUUGCGAUUGAAGCUUCAGAGGCGAAGUUCUCAACAAGGCUUUACCAGCACAAGGAGUUCUGGUGUUCGUGAUCUACGUGAGAAGCUAUCUGGUACAAUGCACCCACAGCCAUCAAAUGCUGAUCCUCCAAAGCGAAAGCCAGUGUCGGAGGUUGUUAACAUCUCAAGGCGUGAAACUGCUGAUGAAAUGCCUGCACGCCAAAGUAAGAAAGCACCAAAACAGACUUCAUCGAAGAAGACAUCUCAGCCAAAGGCUGAAAGUCCACUCGACAGUUUCCUGAGUUCCCUUGGGCUUGAGAAGUACUCGAUUACCUUCCAGGCAGAGGAGGUUGACAUGGCAGCCCUAAGGCAUAUGACGGACAGUGAUCUGAAAGCUUUGGGCAUUCCAAUGGGUCCUCGGAAGAAGAUUAUCCUUGCCUUGGAAUCGAGAGCAUAA